CGCAGGAAGCGAACGAUUCCUAUCAAGCUGUCCUUUCCAUCACCACCAACACCACCCCCCUUACAUCAGUCGAACUACUAGAACGAUACCAACAGUCAACACUGGCGGCUGUGCCCUCACCGCAUCACAGAAGCAAAACGAAACUAAUGUAUAGAAGUUUUGUGCAAAUAUGUUUGGCCUUGUUCUUGAUCUUAGGAUGCUGUGAUGCAGCUAAACAGGAAGUUUUACAAAGUGGAACGGGGUGUGCAUUUCCCAAGCGCUGGGAAGGUCAAUGGUUUCAAUCCGGUGUACAACAGCCAAUUACAAUAGAAGGAUCCACGUUAAGUACUAGGGGCAGGUGUAUUGCUAGUGAAGGCGAUAAAUUUUUAUUAGUUAAUGGCAAAGGAUGUCACCGGUGCGUUGUAAUUUAUCAGAAGCACAUAAACAUACUCCAGUAUAAAGAAAGUAUGGGAUGCAAAGGUCGCGAAACAUUGCAUUACCUUUGCGAACAAAUCCCGGGUGAUGCUUUAUUGUACAGUAUGUUUAAAAUAAAUCCAGAGCCAAUUAAAUGCCCGCUGUCAGGAUCUUAUACGUUCACCUAUAACCGAGGUCAUGGCGAAUGUAGAAGUCCGGUAUCAAAUAUGGAAAUGUGUACAGAAGAUAGUAGACUACUGCUAAGUUUUCAGGCAUGUCCUGAUGUACCUGGGACCGAAAGCACGGUUGAAGAACUAACAUGCUUAGCAUGGUGGAAAGAUGGCAAUUCGCGGUAUUUGGUGGGUUUGGUUUCACAUCAUCAUGCCACGUCAAACGAAGAACGUUUCAGAUGUUUCGUGUACGAGAAGCUGAGCGGAUCCGAUGCAGAGUACAAACUAGCACAAUCCGGCGAUGCUACGUGUAACGGGCUGGAAAGUGCGGAGGUUGGCUCCCGGAUCAUGACACUCAAAAAAGCACCUCUGAUGGAUCGCUGUGACUUUCCCGUAUGGUUCAAAGGUCCUCGUUUCUGGCAUGCGCUGAUGGGCAGUGCGCAUUACGUAUUCGACGCUAGUGACGGAUCCCUGCACAUCAAGAAACCAAAUGGCCAUACGGUGGCUCGUUCUCUUUGUGAACAAAUCAACAAGCAAACUUCCUCGGAAAUGAUGGCCGUUGUGCAUCACACAAUGGGAUGCAAAUCCGGGUUUAUGUGUGUAAUGUUCUACAGAAGAGAUACUCACGUAGCAGAGCUACAGAUGGGAACACCGACAGCAAGGCUAGAAGAUGCAUGUACGACUGAAAACUUUGACGUGCAUCGAACACCGUUUGUAACUUUGCUUGCAAAUAAUUCUGAAACGCAGCUCUGUCCUUUGGAGGGUCAAUAUAUGAUGAAAGGUUUCCUCAUGCCUACAUCGUCUAUUUCACGGCAUAAACGCAACCACAACAACAAAGCUCGUUCACAUCGACACUGGGACGUGAUCGGAUACCGUAAUCAGGAGAGCGCCAUUAGCGGUAGCAGCACUGGUACCGCCGGCGGCAUUGUGGGAGGCUACAUAGGAUUGGAAGCGAAGCGAAGAUCCUUCCUACCACGCUCUCGACGUACGGCAGCCGAAUCAAGAAAUGAUACAUACACUAUGAUGUCGUCGCACGCCGAUGGCGGAGAUGGUGCUGCGGGCAGAUCACGCCGCGAAACGGCUGGAGGAUGUAACAUCAAUCACAACACGAAUCGGCAACUGUUAGUGGGUUGCAACGAGAAUAGCAUAAUUGAAGUAAAACCAAAAUGUAAAACCGAUGACGAAGAAUUAUUCACAUGCCACGGACACUGGCAGGAAAACCAAACGACGUACAUUAUUGCCAAGCACUCAAUUUCUCAACAUGGAGUAUGUAUCAGUUAUGUGCCAAUGGAAGGCAAUCACGUACAGCUGUUCGUUGGGGACACCUGUCAUCGUGCCAACAUGCAGUCAGGCCAGCACAGAUCAAUGCCGGCCAACAUUACUAGCUAUGGUAAGUGGCUUGAGUUGUAA